AUGUCUUGGACCUGGAUGACUGCCCACGGAACGCUGAUAGGAUCGCUUAAAAUCUGCCAGCCCAUCUUUGAAGCGAAAACUAUCCUCGAACGUUUUACACCUGGAGCCAUGGUGACCCGCUGUCAUCCAGCGAGCCAGUGCGUUGGGAGUGCGAAUUGGCAUUCCAACCACCGAAGAGGGGGGUUCUUCCGCUUUCCUGGGGCAUUGGUGAGGCAGUGGCGGCAGUCAGAGAUCGGAAGAUCGCCUUGCUGGGCCGCACUGGAGCUGGCUGGCAUUGUGCGCAGAAUUCAAACGUUAGUCGGGUUUGGUAGGCCGCGCAAAGUGCUGAAGAUCACCGCCCAAUGA